ACCAUGUGCUUCAUUCUACUUCAUGACCACCGCCAUGGAUGUUGGACUUAAGGACGUCCAUGUAUUGAUCACAGGAGCAGCUGGUGGGAUCGGUCUUGAAACUACUCGUUUAUAUCUCAAACAGGGCGCAAAGGUUUCAGCUCACUACCGUAGCAAAUCAUGCCCUCUGGAACCUUUAGUCGUGGAAUUUGGCCACGAUCGAAUCGUUUGCUUGCAAGCGGAUCUUAAUUGUGAAGACGAAGUUGCCAGAGUAUUCAACCAGGCGAAUGUCGCGUUUGGGCCAGUUCAGAUAGUCAUUGUGAAUCAUGGGUACUGGCCAAACGAUGAUGUUCCUAUCGCCAGGAUGACGUUGGAACAAUGGAACGCGACGAUCUCGACCGAUCUAACUUCGCCGUUCCUCGUAUCUCGACAGUUUCUCCGCAACUUGGAGGAAGCCAGCGCAGCGGUUAAGGAUAAAGCUGCUAUUGUCAUGAUAGGCUCAACUGCUGGAAAAUAUGGCGAAGCGGGUCAUGCUGACUAUGCAGCAUGCAAAAGUGCUAUGAUGUAUGGCCUCACGCUGUCCCUGAAGAAUGAGAUAGUGAAGAUCGCUCCGAGAGGCCGUGUCAAUGCCAUAGCACCGGGAUGGGUGUAUACUCCUAUGGCAGAAGAAGCCUUGAAAGACCCUCGCGUCGUCUAUCGAUCUCUAGCCACGACUCCCCUUAAGAAAUUUGCAUUGCCAUUGGAUGUAGCAUGGCAGGUUGUAAUGGUUUCCUCUUCAACUGUUUCGGGCCAUGUUACUGGCCAAGUGAUCAUGGUCGAGGGUGGUAUGGAAGGGCGGGUGUUGAACGAACUCGAGGAUACAGCUUGAUGGCUUUACAUGGCCUGCUAUAAAACGUCUACCUGAGUGUUCAGUCUCGCCGUAUGCCUUUUCGUUGCUCGGAUGGCUCGUUCGGAUCGGUUGUUCUAUGUUUAGACACGACUUCCUUGCUAUUUCUAAGACGUGUGUUGUAAACUUGAGGUUCCAGCGUUCGACAAUUCGUUCUGUCUCGAUUCUGACGGAGGAAAUAUCGGAAUGCGUGCCGGGCCCCUCUCAAUGUGAAGGGUUAACUGCGGAGGCAAGAGCAACUGACCAGCCCCUCUUCCGUUGCAAGCAAGUGACUCUCACGAAUGUUCCUAUGUCUC